AUGACAGAGCCUGGCGAUGUUGUGUUCGGACCUUCGGACUGCAUUCGGGUGCUGAAUGCCGGUUGCGAUCUGACACAGGAUGAUUUAAGAGGUCUGUUCUUGCCAUUUGGUGGAGUCAGUAGGGUUGUGAUGUCGCGAUUCAGGAGACAGGCUGUGGUUCGGAUGGAAAAUGUUGCCGCAGCUACCAGUGCAAUUCAGCAUUUCGACCUUCAACCCGCUGGUGCUGGCAGGAUCUUGAGGGUCCGGUAUUCUUCACAGCAGGAAUUAACUGCCAUGGUCCGAAGCACCUUCUGGGAGACAACUAUUGCCAUGUUGGUUAUUGUGAUCAUAGUCAUUGGGGUAGGACUUCUGAUAGGUUUCUUCGCUGGUGAUCACCCCUAUUGA